GGCGGCGUCAAGACCAGCCUCAACGUCGUAUGUCGGGACGGCAGUCAAGUUUAAGUGCGCGCAGCGGCGAUUACUUACGGCAGUGUGUCGAACGCCUCCGAUGCGCAACGUUGCAGCUCCGGUCGAAAACAGAUUUUUUCGAAAUUACAUUGAUUUCGAGACAUUGGUUUUCGUUUCUUGCAACAGGCGCGACAUCGUGUAUAUCGCAUUUUGUUGAUUAUUUUUCUUUUUUUUUUUAUGAAAUGGUCGACCGAAUUUUUUGAAAAAGUUACAUUCGAAUCAGCGAGCGUCCUGCAGAUAUAAUAAUAUAGCAUUUGAUUUAUAGCGAAUAAAAAUGGCGAUUUCGGAAAUGUGUAGCGCCGAGAAUAUUAUGGGCUCCAAAUUGAUGAUUUCCGUUAAAAUGCCGAACAAGGACGAGCCGUUGUUGAAAGAAGACACACCUGAACCAUCGAAACAGACUAAAGGCAGUUCGCUUAAACAGAUCCUUGUCGCCUUAUCAGCCAACUGGGGCACCAUAAACACUGGGCUCGUGUUCGGCUACACCGCCGUCAGCUUACCCCAACUUAUGAUGGCCGGGUCCAGGAUUUCAAUCGACAGACACCAAGCCUCUUGGAUAGCUAGCGUGUCGACAAUCGGAACGCCGUGUGGAUGCAUACUGGCCAGCUACUUCACCGACCUGUUGGGCCGCAAGAAGACCUUAAUCGCCUUACAGUUACCCGCUAUCGUCGGAUGGUUGAUGGUGGGUUCCGCAACGACAGUCCAGUGGAUUUACGUGGGAAGAUUCCUGGUGGGCCUGAGUUCUGGCAUGGUCGGCUCGCCGUCCCGUGUGUACACGUCUGAAGUGUCACAGCCGCACCUUCGUGGCAUGUUGUCCGCGUUCGCAUCCGUCGGAACGUCUUUGGGCGUCAUGUUGGAGUAUUUGUUCGGUGCAGUAUUAGACUGGGACACGUUGGCGUUGUUCAACGCCACGAUGCCCGUGAUCGCGCUGUUUUUGGCAUUCUUCAUACCAGAAUCGCCGUCGUGGCUGAUAUCGUCCAAGAACGACGAGAAUCGGUGCCGUGCCAGCCUAAGACGGGUACGAGACAGUAAGUGCGACGUGGACACCGAAGUCAACGACCUGCUCAUGUUCUCCAGGGCAGGCGAGUCGACUUCGUUCAAGGAGAAGGUCCGACUCAUCUGCCGGCCGACUGCGUACAAGCCGUUCGUGAUCGUCUCCAUCUAUUUCCUGCUCAGCCAGUUUUCCGGACUGAACGUGGUCACGUUUUACGCGGUCGACGUUAUACGGGACUCGGGUUCUACUAUCGACAAGUACGUGGCCACCGUCGUCCUGGGAAUCAUUCGGUUGGUAUUCACCGUGCUUGGUUGCAUGAUGAUGUGGCGACUGGGCCGGAAGCCUCUCUCCUACAUAUCCAGCGUGGGGUGCGGAAUAUCGAUGCUGUGCUUUGCCGGCUACAUGUACCAGAACGUCGCUUGGACGGCGGCUGGUCAGCCCGCCUCGGCCACUUGGUUCCCGAUCAUGAGCCUGUUCGUGUUCUACGCCUGUUCGACCAUCGGCUAUCUAAUCGUGCCGUGGGUGAUGAUCGGCGAGGUGUUUCCCAGACAGAUCCGGGGCAUGCUCGGCGGCGUGGCCACGUGCGUCGGCCAUUUCUCCAUAUUCAUCGUGCUCCAGACGUACCCGCUCCUCCAGGAGUUGGUCGGCAAGUCCGGUACGUUCGCAGUGUACGGUGCCGUGUCUAUACUCAGCACCAUAUUCUUCUACUACUUCUGCCCGGAAACGAAAAACAAGACGCUGCAGGAGAUCGAGGAGUCGUUCUGCAAUAAGAAGAAACCGAAAAGACCCGUAGUCCUCAACGUUAACGCUACAACCACAGCCUCCGUCCAAUGCAACAAAAACAAAAAAUUAGUGUUUCCCGAUAUCGUAUUCAAUUUGCCGAAACGUGAGACCAGUGUGAUUGUGUGAAGACUCGACGACGGUUGUGUUAAACCGAACAUCCCGAUGAUGAGGAAAUAUCGCCAUCGAUUAGUUCCUUUGAAUAUAUUAUUAUAUAUAUAUAUAUUUUUAUUUGUUUAACUAUUUUUAAUGAUUUGAUAUCGUGUCCCGUUGCAAUACAUAUAGCACGUGGUCGCGAAUACCUGUUUAAUAUAAUAAUAUUAUUGUUAAAACUACGA